CCUGCAGACGUUGUUGACGGCGAUAUCGAUGAGCGCCAUCGCCACUAACGGAGUUGUUCCAGCGGGAGGCGCGUACUUCAUGAUCAGCCGCUCUCUGGGUCCAGAGUUCGGGGGGGCGGUGGGUCUGUGUUUCUACCUGGGAACCACCUUCGCCGGAGCCAUGUACAUCCUGGGAGCCAUCGAGAUCCUGCUGGUGGGUUCAACUCUUUUUGUAAUUCAAAUUUCUAUUGAAUUUUCCAUUCAGAACAAAGAAACAUUGGCGGUACACUGCAUAAACAAAUCCCUCUCCUCCGUGGUCCUGGCAUUGACAUUAAAAGACAUGGCAUGGAAAAAGUAA